UUUGUCAAUCAUCUUCUUCAUUUCAUGCUUUCUUGGUUAAAAUUUCUCAAUAUCCGAAUCCACUUGUUUUAAAGGUGCCUUAGCAAAAUGUUAGUGAUCCAGAUGGCUAUGGCGAUUGCGAUUCGAGCCGCGGAAGAUGAUUCAGACUUGCGGUUUUGAGUCUUAACAUCGGUAUUAAGCUUGCAAAGUGCAAGGAGAUCUAUAAAGUCAGUUUCAAACUGAUUGGCUGACUAUCAUCACGGUUUCAUUUCAAUCGUCGAAGUGAUUUUUGUUGGGUGACCGCUUCUUGUGUAGAAGGAUAGAAGCUAAAAUUGCAGUAAACAAUUUGUUUCUAAGGUUAAUGGAAGUUCGCCUUCACGAGCUCGGUUAAAAGUGGAGUAUAUAUUUGAAGUAAUGGAAGAGUAAGAAUUUUUAGGAGGUUCGACCCUGCGCGUCUCCAGUUAUUUUGUCCGCAAGACGUUGUUUUCUCGUGGCUUGGAAAGGGAGCGCGGAUGGUCGUUUCUCGAAGAAAUCCACUCUUUUCCCGUUUGCGUCCCCAAACAACGACAAGCCAGAGAAGUCGGAAACUCGACGAUUGCCGUCUUGGCGGUGGAUAAGGAGGAGGAGUGCAGUGGCUUCCCUGUCGUCUAUAUGAACCCUUCAACCGGGAAGAGGUGAGGAAGAGAAAUGUGGGUCUUCUCCUCCACGCUUGUCCGCUCCUCUCCUUCACUCCGCCUGUCUAACGAUGCCGGCGUACCCUAUCAUCAUGCCGCCAAUCGCCCGGAACGAACCCUCCAUCGCCGGACACUCGCCUUAGCCCUGAGGCCUAAUCGUGCGGAGUCUCCGCAACCGGAGCCUCCACCGUCACCGCUUCGGCUGGCGGCCUCCGCUAUCCUCUUCUUGAGCGUCGGCGUUAGUGCGUGUACCGCGUGUACGCUUUCUAAUCGGACGGACAAGAACGUGAUAGGUCAUCUUUCUCCUCCUUCGGUUACUGAGGCUAGGUUAGACGGUGAUACUGUUGAAAGCCACUCUGAUGACGUAGAAAUUACUGAUAAGGAAAUGAAAUCUGCAUUUGAAAACUGGUGCUCCAAGACGUAUGCACUAACCGUGCCUCUCAGGGUUAUUGCACUUCGUGGAUCUAUACCACCUGCAUGGGUUAAGGACUUCAUCCAAGUACAAGGAAAGAGGUUAAAGCUUCAGGUAGAGUUUCGGAGUACACUUGAUGCCAUCUACCAGGAGCUGUCUUCAGCAUCAAAAGAGCAUCAUGUUGGUGUAAAAUCUGCUAUUGCAGCUGAUAUUAUCACGCUUGCUGAUUCGUGGCUUGACAUGGCAAUACGUAGAGGCAUAAUUGAGCCAUUGGUUGAUGCUGAAAAGAAUGACUGGUUUAACUGUUUAAGUGAUAAGUGGAAGGCACAUCUUCGCAGGAAUGAUGGUGGAGAAUUAGACCCAAAUGGAAGGAUCUGGGGAGUUCCAUACCGCUGGGGAUGCAUGGUCAUAGCUUACAAAAAAACCAAAUUUAAAAGGCAUAAUUUAGCUCCAAUUGAGGACUGGAGUGACCUCUGGAGACCUGAACUUGCUGGAAAAAUUUCAAUGGUUGAUGCUCCCAGGGAAGUUGUUGGUGCAGUCUUGAAGUACAUGGGAGGUUCAUAUAAUACCAAAAAUUUUGCAACACAAAUUAGUGGUGGUCGAGAUGCUGUCGUUCACAACCUGACUGCUCUCCAGAGACAGGUUCGUCUGUUCGACAGUGUCCACUAUCUAAAGGCGCUUGGAGCUGGAGAGGUUUGGGUUGCAGUUGGAUGGAGUAGUGAUAUCCUUCCUGCGGCCAAACGCUUGUCAGAUGUGGCAGUGAUUGUUCCUAAAUCUGGAACCAGUCUGUGGGCAGACCUGUGGGCUAUUCCUGCUGCAACUGGCUUGGCUACUGAGCAGAUUGGUGGACGUGUUCGAGGUCCAUCCCCGCUUGUUCACCAGUGGUUUGAGUUCUGCCUACAAGCUGCAAGAGGGUUACCUUUCCAGCAGGAAGUUAUUCCUGGAGCCCUGGCUUCAAGCCUUGGAGACACUUCUCUAACCAAAAGUCUGCAGUAUGUGUACAAUGAUAAACCUCAACUGGAAACAAAUCUUAUUGCUGGAAUGCCGCCUCCUGAAGUUCUGGACAGAUGUGAGUUCGUAGAACCUUUACCAGAGACCACACUGAAAGAUUACAAGCAGUUGCUGAGUGAGACACAAAAACCCGGGAUAAGUUGGAUGAAUUAUAUAUGCAAAUACAUUACUGGAAAUGUUGAAGCUUCUGGUGUGAACCUGAGAACAAGUUAAACUCGCAAUUGAUUAUUCAAGUUCAGUAGCUUUUGCUUUUCCUUCAGGGUCGUCCAGGACAAGGGAUCGGGUUAUUCAGAACCACUGGUACUUCUUUUGGCGUUUUGCAUGCAUGACAUUGCUGAAAUGAAGAAAAGCUGAGUUCUCUUGCUACUUGCCAUGUGCUGUAUGCCACUUUAGUAUUGGAUAUCUAUAUCCACAAAUCUGGCUGAGGUCUCUUCACGUUCCUGAUCGUGGAUCCUCUGCAGCAGUCUCAGUUAAGCCAAGUUAUGUUGUUUUGCAGUUGACUAAAUCUUGGAUUGGAUUCUGUUUGAAACUGAGAUUCUUGCACUCAAGAUUUGUAUUCGUUGAUGAUGUGCAUUCCACUGCAUACCAUCAUCAGGUCUUCCAUUCAUCUUGAAUUUGAUUGUUGACGUAAUUUUGCCUGCAUUAUUAUGGAAAAACUUGAAAAAAAAAAACUGUUGGAAACAGAGAAAACGUUCCUGUAGUCACAGCGAACCUUCAUGUUGUCAAUUUUCAGUGAUGUUCUGAGAUGAAAUUCUAUGAUGCUAUUUCUUUUCAA